UUCUGAUACAUGGUCAGAGUAGAGAAACAUUUCAUUAGAGCAGAGGUUUCACCUUUGGAAAAGAUUAUAUAUACUGUUUUGUUUGAGACGGGGUCUUACUAUGUAGUACAGGUUGAUCUUGAACUGUGGCAGUCCUCCUAUCUCAACCUGAGAGUCCAGGCAUAGCCUACUAGUUCUGGCUCUGUCUUUUGCAGUAUUGGGGAUUGAGUUUAGUGCCAUAGUGCCAAAUGCUUGCUAGAUGAGCACUGUGCCAUCAAACCACAGUCCCCAAGCUUUCCCCAGCCCUUUAAAGACAGGGGUCUCAAUAUGUGGCCCUAGCUGGUGUGAAAAUCAUAACGAUCUGGCCCUCUUUGCCUCCUGAAUGCUGGCAUUCAGGCGUAUACCACCAUACCCAGCUGCCAGCCCCGAGGCUAAGGUGCCCAUGUUAGCCUUAAACUUGUGAUCCCUCUGUCUCAGCUUCCAGGUAGCUGGAUUCCGGGCUUGUCCCAUCAGGCCUGGCUAUAAUGUCUUCAGGAACUUAAAAGUAUUGAUACAUAGGUCUGUCCCUGGGAUUCUAUUAGGUGAUCUAGGACGGAGCAGGGCCUUAGUUCAAAGGCUCCCAGAGCCUGUGCUGACCACCAGUGACCUGAACCAACCAUGUCAUUUUCCAGAGGGAAAACAAGCCAAGAGGUGAGAAUAUAUUUGUGUAAGGACAAAUAGCAAAUGAUUUACCAGGCUGGUCUCCCACUCAGAGAUCCACCUGCCUCUGCCUCCUGAUUCAAGGUGUGAGCCACUAUUUGUGGUUCUAGCAAAUGAUUUAAAAACAAACAACAACAAAGCAGGGUGGGGCUGGAGAGACGGCUCAGUGGUUAAGAACACCGGCUGCUCUUCCAGAGGUCCUGAGUUCAAUUCCCAGCAACCACAUGGUGGCUGACAACCAUCUGUAAUGGGAUCUGAUGUCCUCUUCUUUCAAGCAGGCACACAUGUAAACAGAGCGCUCAUAUACAUAAAUAAAUAAAUCUUGAAAAAAAAAAAGCGGAGUCACCCCUACUCCAGUUUGCCUUCAAACUUGCCAUAAAAUGGAGGAUGACCUUAGAUUUCCGGUCCUCCUGCCUCUACCACCUGAAUGCUGAGAUUACAGGCGUGUGCCCCAUGCUUGGGUUAUGUGGUGGCGAGUGAAUGAUUGAAUACCUUGAUUCAGACUAUAAGGCACAAAGCACUGAACUCAUUUAUUCAUAUCUCUGAUCAUUAGCUUCUACAGGGACAAUCUCAUCUCACCCUGACAACUUCUGGUGCAGUAAGGGGCAGUAUUACCCCCAUUUUGCAGAUGAGAUAUUGAGGAACAAAACUGUCUAGGUGGCACACACCUAUAUUCCUGGAAACCUAGAAGGCUGGGACAGGAAGAUGAAGGGUUUGAGGCCAGCCACACAGAAGCAAAAACACAGACUGGGCGGGGUGGUUCACGCCUUUGAUCCCAGCAAGCAAGCAGGAGACCUCAGGCCUGGAACAGGAAGUAGACCACAGGGAGUCCAGGUCAGCCAGAGCUAUGUAGUUUGAUUAUCUCAAAAAACAAACAACAAAAAGCAAACAACUAGAAUGUAGUUCUGAGGCAGCCUUCACUCCUAACAUUUGCUGGAUUCCAUCCCCAGCACCAGACAAAAGCAAAACAAAAACAACCUGCCCAAGCUGAUCUUGUCCAAGAUAAUGACAAGAGCCCAGAACAUCCCGACCCUGGUUCAGUGUCAUUUAACCUCUCCCAUUGUGACAUACAUGUUCUAUAAUGAACAGGUUAGUAUUGUGAGGUAGGGUCUGGUGUAAAGGGGACUAUGAGGUGACAUUGUAGAAAACUGGAGAGUAGGGCAGGUGGAACAGGGCUAUUCCUUCACAAACAGGGACUUUGGGGCAGCCAUGUCCUACUUCAUGUCUCCACAAACUCAUCUGGGGCUUCUGCCUUCUGGCCAAGGUGGGGCUGCUGCUUCAGGUUCGUCCCUUGGUCUCUAUAGUUCUGCAGAGCCAGUGGUGGUGGCAUCUGGUGGAUUAGGUCCAUUCAGCCAGAAAGCCGAGCAGGUGGUACCUGCUGCCCAGGCCUGGGGCGCUCCCUUGGCAGUGCCUGAAGCCAGGGGCUGCUCUGGGGGUGCUAGCUGGGAGACAGCGCGGAGGAAGGAACACAACCGAUACUGCCCCAAAUUGCCCCCCAUGAGGCAGCUGGAGAACUUGGGCUGGGCAGACCCCUGCUCCCGAAGCAGAGCUCCCCACCUGGGUGGCCCCAGCAGGCCUCGGCCCCUGCUGCUGUGUGGGCUGUCACCAGGGGUUCUGACGGUGUCCUCCGAGGCAGGUGGGAAGGAGGCUGGCUCCCAGACUGACAUCUGCAUCCUAACCCUAGCCAUGAUGAUUGCCGGCAUCCCCACCGUGCCUGUUCCAGGCCUUCGGGAAGAGGACCUGAUCCGGGCAGCUCAAGCUUUCAUGAUGGCCCAUCCAGAGCCAGAGGGAGCUGUGGAGGGGGUGCAGUGGGAACAGGCACACGCCCACAUGGCCUCUGGACAGAUGCCUCUAGUGAGAUCCAGGAGGGGCUCCUGCUUGUAGCCAGAUGAAAUAGCAUGAGAUGCAUAGGGCGGCUUCUCCGUAUGGUUUUUGGGCAGAUGAGGUUGGGGAUGGCUAUGGCAGGGAUGGGAAGAGGGUGUGGGUAACCGAGCCAUCCUGGUAAAUUGCACUGCUUUGUUAGGACCACCCCCCAGGAAGUUCUUGAUACCACUAAGAGAGACAGCUGACCAGGUUAAAUCAAGUUACCUAGGUAGGAAGCCCUAUUUGGAGAGUAGAGGCUAAUUUUAUGUUGAGGAACCUGAGAAAUUUUUGUCUAAAGUUAUAGACAAUAUGGAUUUUCUUCUUGCCCUGUGUCCUUGCUUCCUGAAGAAAGAUGGGAAUGUAGACAAAUGAUGGAAAACGCUUGGCUGAGCAAACCUUACAAAUCUAGACAAAUAGAAACCUAUUCUUCUUUAAUAUAACCAACCCUGUGAGGAUGCCCAUUUUACAGAUAAACUGAGGGUUGGAGAGCUGCCUGCUUGGAGUCUCACAGCUAGCAGAGGCAGAAGCAGGCCUAGAAACUACGACG